GUGAAGGAUAAUUUGCAAUGAAAAAAUUGUGUAUUUUGUCACUCGGUCUGUCUUUCUUCUAAGCGCCUUCCACUCAAAUUGAUCACGCCUCCCCUCUUUUUGAAUAUCUCUCUGCCCAACCAGGAACCCCUCCACCCCAUAUCUGAAUUUCAAUCUGUCUGUCUCCCCUGCUCAUGUGCUCAGUUCUUGCUUGAUUGAUUGAGCAGGGGAGUCCUGUCGUGUGAAAUGAUCACUAAACUGGACAGAUACCAGAAGACUCUUCAUAAGCAGGCUAAUCAUAAAUGUAAGCUGAUGCAACUGGAACAAACUCAGUUGUGCUUCUGACGCAAAAGAAAUUUAUUUAUCACUACAAGAACAUGCGCUGGGCAAGAGGGAGACACGAGACCUAUCUAUGUUUUGUAGUGAAGAGGAGGGAUGGUCCAGACACACUCUCUUUUGAUUUUGGACAUCUACGCAAUCGCUCUGGAUGUCACGUGGAGCUUCUCUUCCUUCGACACUUGGGGGCACUGUGUCCAGGCCUCUGGGGCUCAGGUCCAGGAGGAGCAAAGCUCUCUUACUCUGUUACCUGGUUCUGUUCCUGGUCCCCCUGCUAUAAUUGCUCCUGCCGCUUAGCACACUUCCUGACGCAAACCCCCAAUCUCAAGCUGCGCAUCUUCUGCUCACGUCUGUACUUCUGCGACAAUGAAGACAGUGACGAGAGAGAAGGAUUGAGGACCCUAAAGAGAGCCGGGGUGCAGCUGUCCAUUAUGAGCUACAAAGACUAUUUCUACUGCUGGCAGACAUUUGUAGCUCGCAAAGAACGUGGAUUCAAAGCUUGGGAUGGACUGCAUCAAAACUCUGUUCGACUGGCAAGAAAACUGUACCGCAUCCUACAGCCUUGCGAAACCGAAGACUUGAGAGACGCGUUUGCACUCCUUGGACUUUGAAAAAGAACUCUUGCUCCAUUUUCGGUGCUCUCAAAAUGUGGAAAUGGUGCUCAGAGAAACCUACUCGAAUCCAAAACUUGAACUUAGACCGAAUACUGGAAAGCAUUAAUGCAGUGUCGUUAAACUCUAUUUUUACUGCCUGCCAUUUAAAGCAAGAGACUGCAAAGACAGUGAUUCCAUAUAUUUGUCAAUGACUGAUAACUGAAACCUUUUCUUUCCUCGAUGAUAUCUGCCACACGUCGUACAAUGAAAUAUCUUAACGAAAUGUCUAGUUACUAUCUGUUAAACAUUGUUAUCGUGACUGGUAAACAAUCACUAAAGAAAUUUUGAGGCUACAGCUUUUCUACAAAUGCAUGACAGUGCUAUCCUAAAAGCUGGCAAGAGAGUCUUGCAGGUGCUGAUGUAGCUCAUGCGAAGUGUACCAUAAACCAGAAAAUAAACACGCAAUUUUA